ACAUGGCCGCUCACCGCUGCAAGGGGGCCGGGUUCUUCAGGACCCUCCUGAGCCGCUGCAGGACACCGGGACCGGGACUAUGUCAUCAACAGCACCGGUGCUGUCUGUCCUCCGUGCCCGCUCCUCCUCCACCUCCACCGGGCACCUGGAGCCACCAGCUUUCCCGCCUGUCCCACCGGGAUCUGUACCGGCUCUCGCUCACGGAUCCGGAUCGGUUCUGGGGAUCCGCCGCCGCGGACAGACUCCGCUGGGUGAAGCCGUUUGAGCGGGUCCGGGACUGCGAUCUGAGCAGUGGGAAGAUCAGUUGGUUCCUGGGAGGGAAGCUCAAUGUGUCCGUGAACUGUCUGGACGUCCAUGUUGAGAAACAUCCGGACCGAGUGGCUCUGAUCUGGGAGAGAGAUGAACCCGGCACAGAGGUGAAGGUCACGUACAGGGAGCUGCUGGAGAUGACCUGCCGCCUCGCCAACACCCUGAAGAGCCAUGGGAUCCAGAAGGGGGACAGGGUGGCCAUCUACAUGCCGGUCUCACCGCUGGCGGUGGCGGCCAUGUUGGCGUGCGCUCGUAUUGGCGCGGUGCACACGGUGGUGUUCGCUGGCUUCAGCUCGGAGGCUCUGGCCGGGAGGAUCCAGGACGCUCAGUGUAAAGCCGUGCUCACCUGUAAUCAAGGUGUGCGGGGGGGCCGGAUCGUCCACCUGAAGGCCACAGUGGACGCUGCAGUGAAGACCUGUCCCUCCGUCCAACACGUCUUCGUCUCUCAGAGGACGGAGCAACCUGCAGUGAUGGGAGAGAGGGACGUCCCCCUGGAGGAGGUGAUGUCCCAUCAUGCAUCAGUGUGUCCUCCAGAGCCUCUGGACAGUGAGGACUUCCUGUUUCUUCUCUACACGUCAGGAAGUACAGGGAAACCUAAAGGCAUCGUCCACACACAGGCUGGAUACCUGCUGUACACCUCACUGACCCACCAGUACGUGUUUGAUUACCGAGACGGCGACGUGUUCGGCUGUGUGGCGGACGUCGGCUGGAUAACGGGCCACAGUUACGUGGUGUACGGUCCUCUGUGUAACGGCGCCACCACCGUCCUGUUUGAGAGCACACCUGUCUACCCAGACCCAGGCAGGUACUGGGAGACGGUGGAGCGUUUGAGGAUCACUCAGUUCUACGGAGCUCCCACCGCUCUGCGUCUGCUGCUGAAGUACGACGAGAGCUGGGUGAAGAAGUACGACCGCUCGUCUCUGAGGACGCUGGGAUCAGUGGGAGAGCCCAUUAACCACGAGGCCUGGCACUGGUUCCACAGUGUGGUUGGAGACGGACGGUGUCCUCUGGUGGACACCUGGUGGCAGACAGAGACGGGAGGAGUCUGCAUCGCCCCUCGUCCUGCAGAGGAAGGAGCUCCCAUCGUCCCAGCCAUGGCCAUGAGGCCGUUCUUUGGCAUCCAGCCUGUUCUCAUGGGGGAGGAGGGUGAAGCUCUGUCCGGUGACUCCGUCAGUGGAGCUCUGUGUAUCAGUCAGUCGUGGCCUGGAAUGGCUCGAAGUAUCUACGGAGACCACCAGAGAUUCAUCGAUGCUUAUUUCAAACCGUUCCCUGGCCAUUACUUCACCGGUGAUGGAGCGUACCGCUCAGAGGAAGGUUACUACCAGAUAACUGGUCGCAUGGAUGAUGUGAUAAACGUCAGCGGUCACCGUCUGGGAACAGCAGAGAUAGAGGACGCUCUGGAUGAACAUCCAGCUGUUCCAGAAACAGCUGUGAUUGGAAUCCCACAUGACAUCAAAGGAGAAGUACCGUUUGCCUUCGUGGUUUUGAAGGAGGACGUUGGUGACACCCCCCCCGUCAUCCUGCAGCAGCUCAGAGAUCUCGUCACGACCAAGAUCGCCAAGUACGCCGUCCCUGAGCACUUCCUGGUGGUGAAGCGGUUACCGAAGACUCGCUCCGGUAAAAUCAUGAGGCGGAUCUUGAGGAAGGUCGUCAUGGAGACAACCGGUGACCUUGGCGACGUGUCGACCCUGGACGACCCGUCUGUUGUCAAGGAGAUCAUCGAGGCCCAUGAGCUGUACAGGAAGAAGAAGUAG